AUGCCCGUCCUGAUGAGUCCAGAGAUCGCCUCCAAGUUUAAGGAGAAAUGGCUGAACCUCCAGCCGGAGCUUCUGGACACCGCAGCCGGCUCAGUGCACCUGGACGACAGCCUGACCAGCCUCCACUGGCUGCAGAACUUCUCCAUCCUCAGCGCUAACCAGGAAAGACCCACCUGCACUGGCUCCGGUUGCCCCUCACAUCAUUUUCUUUCCUACCACCCGCGCCUGUACCCCCGGGGAACCGAUUCCCCGUCUAGUCCUCCAGCGGGGGACACCGCCGCUACCGGGAUGCCUCUCUGCCUCGGGAGCCCCGUUACCUCUGGCAGUAACUCCACCGACGUGCGUUUGGUGAAUUACGCACACCACCAAACCACAACCUACCCUCACCAUGACCACCACAUCAAGGCGCAGAUCAUCCCACCGGAGGAGAUUGACUUUAAAACGAACCCCAAAGUCAAACCGCCUUAUUCCUACGCCUCUCUCAUCUGUAUGGCCAUGCAGGCCAGCAACAAGCCCAAGGUGACUCUGUCCACCAUCUAUAACUGGAUCACAGACAACUUCUGCUACUACAGACACGCAGAACCCAGCUGGCAGGUAAAUGACCCGGCUCUCCUCUGUCGCUCUAUUAUUUAUGAGCUAAAUGGCGACAGGGAGAGAAGAGAGAAGAGAGAAGAGAGAAGAGAGAGAGAGACACAGACAAGGGGGAGAAGAAGGGUUGCAGCAUGCAUACUAAACCUGUUGUUUUGUUGUAAGAAUAUUAAUACACUUAUAAAAAAUAUAUUUCAAACACAUUUAUCCUGUUAUUUAUUAUAACCAUCCAGUCUAACAGUAACUUAUACUGUAUUUUAUUAGAUCCUAGUGAUAUUCAUUUUGAUUCACAUUUUAAUUUACAUUUAUAAUUUAAAAAACCAAGAUGUCUCAAAUAAGAGUACAUCUCUGCUAUUUCUACCCUCCGAGAGAUCUUUGUCAGGCUUCUAUCUCAGGGGUCAGACACAAGUGCUCUACCGCUCUAGGGAGGGGGUUGUGUGUGUGGGUGUGUUUGUGUGUGUGUGUUAAUGAGGAUCCCUGUGAGAUCUCCCUUGGCAGCCAAGCACGGUUGAUCAUGUUUGAAAUGCAUAGAGCUCUACACUAGAAAGCCUCAUUAGGUACAUUUCCUAAACAAACAACAACAAUAACUCCUCCUCCCCCUUAGAUGCCUCUCUGUCUCUCUUUCGCUCUAUUUGACACACACACACACACACACACCCACACACAUUAUAUCAAAUUAUAUAUAUCACAUUCAACAUGGAUUUAACACAUUUGUUUCUUCUCCCCUUCUCCCCUCCCCCUCCCCUUCUCCCCCUCCCCUUCUCCCCUCCCCUUCUCCCCUCCCCUUCUCCCCUUCUCCCCUCCCCUUCUCCCCUCCCCUUCUCCCUCCCCUUCUCCCUCUCCCCCUCCUCCCCUCCCCUUCUCCCCCUCCCCCUCCCCCUCCCCUUCUCCCCUCCCCCCUUCUCCCCCUCCCCUUCUCCCUCCACCACCCCCCUCCCCUUCUCCCCCUCCCCUCCCCUUCUACCCUCCCCUCCCCCCUCCACUUCUCCCCUGCCCUUCUCCCCUCCCCCUCACCUUCUCCCCUCCCCUUCUCUCUCCCCUUAACAGAACUCUAUCCGCCAUAACCUCUCGCUCAACAAGUGCUUCAUGAAGGUGCCGCGGCAGAAGGAUGAACCAGGGAAAGGAGGCUUCUGGCAGAUCGACCCUCAGUACGCUGACAUGUUCGUUAACGGAGUCUUCAAGAGAAGGAGAAUGUCCUCCAACCUUUACAACACCAACAGGCAGAGCAAGGUCCUACACAACCAGGAAACUGGCUACCACAGAGGCACUCAGGGGAGCCAAGAUAGCUACCACUACCUAGGAGUUGGAGCCGGCAGCAAGCGUAAACAACCUUCUCCAAGGCAACACGGCAAGAUGGCGCAGACGCCCAAAUCCCCACUGUUAGCCACGGAGGCCCACAGCGCAGAUAUAGUUCUGAGGGGAGAUUUUGACCUGGCGUCUGUGUUUGACGACGUCCUCAGUGGAAACAGCAGUACGUUCGAAGACCUGGACAUCAACACUGCUCUGAGUUCCCUGGGCUGCUCUCUGGACCUGACCCUGCAGGGGAGGCACUCCGCUGGGCUGGGUAGGUGGUGUGGAGAGGGGGACAACCAGACCCAGACCCAGCAGACACACCACUCUUACGACUACAUGGAGCUGAGUGGCUCAGUGGGAUGUGACAGCAGUAACAUGGGGGACCUUCACGUUCAACAGCAGCAGCUGAGCCAGGAUCAGUUGUUACAGAGCCACCUGCACCAGUUCGAGGAGGUGACUCUGUUCCCAGAGCAGCAGGAGGUGCACCCCUGGGAGGAGAUGAAGGAUGAGGCGCAGGCCAUCCCUCUGACUCUGGAUCAGGGAUUUGGGCUGUGUGAAGGAUUCUUCUCAGAGAUACAACCCUGGGAGAGGGCUGAGGCCUACCUGUGA